UAACAUCUUUUGUUGUUGUUGUUAUUGUUGUUGUUGGUGUAUAUUUCUUUCAAUGGUUAGACAAGCAUAAAUCCAACUGUGGAUUGCGAUAUUACUGACAAAAACUAGGAAUGAGUCAGACAAGAGUUUAUUUACUUCAACUUAUAACUUCCUGUUUUCAUAAAACCUCAAGAUAUCUCUUUUCUGGCAUGGAUGGCCUUAUUCCAAUAUUGACUCCUUUAUAACUCUGUUUUGUCCAAAGUCACAGCUAUAUCUUUUAAUUCCUAUAAAAAUUUAUAUUUCUCUUUUCUCAGUUUAUUUCUCUUAAAAUGCCAUAUGAGAGCUGGGGGCCCCUAUCUCAGUGGUAGAGUGAAUGUGUACCAUGUACAAGUCUCUAGGUUCAAUUCCUAGCAUUUUCAAAUUAAAAACAAAAACAAAAACAGAAACAAUAGUAACUACUUCCUCUACUAUGUUAAUAAGUAGAAAUCUAAAUUUAGUGUUUUUAUAAUCAUUUGUAUGUGACAUAAUCCAUUAUAGCCACUAAAAGCCUUUUCCUGUUCAGGCCAAAGGAUUCGAUUGACUGCAGUAUCUUACUAGAAUGAUUGCAUUCUGAUAGCUUGGUAGCUUUGUACGCAAACUAUCCUGAGUCAAGUAGGAGGAAACAUUUUGUAACAUGUGUUAUCAGAAAAAUUCAGAUAACAAAAUUUUUACAACAGACUUUAACUCUGUUAUGGUUUAAAAAUUAGUCUUGAGAAGAAUUGUAAAAGGUAUAUAUGUGUGUGUGUGUGUGUGUUUGGAAUGUCAACUUAGUAAUUCUAAGAUUACAUUCCCACUCAGCUAGGAAUAAGAUCACGGACCACAUUUGUUCUGUGUCUUGUGUCGAGUCAGUGUUUAGUAAAUAACUUUUGAUAGAUUUGAUGAAAGAUGUUAUCCCUGGGUCAAUUGAGUGUUCUUCAUAAAUUCAAAGGGAUCCUCUUUUCCACUGCGUCUUCAAGAGAACUUCUUGAUUCCUUGGAUUCUUUUGAUGCAAGAGAAGAUGAUGUGUUUCUGGUUUCCUACCCCAAAUCUGGCACUCACUGGGUUGCAGAAGUCAUUGAGAACAUUCCCAAUGCAAAAAUAACUAUAACAUCUCCUAUUGAAUUGGGAGACAUUUCUAAAUUUGACGAGCUAAAAACGUAUUCUAAGAGAAGAGUCAUUCCUACCCAUUUGAGCUAUGACAUGCUGCCGGUGGAUAUUAAACAAAAGCAAUGCAAGGUUAUCUACAUCAUUAGAAAUCCAAAAGAUACAGCUGUCUCACUCUUCCACUACUACAGAGAUAACCCCAAUCUCCCUUACAUUGAAACAUGGGCUGAAUUUUUGGAGCUGUUCCUCAGAGGAGAUGUUGUGUAUGGAUCCUGGUUUGAUCAUGUUUUAAGCUGGGAAGAGCACAAAAAUGAUAAUGUUCUAAUUAUAUUCUAUGAAGAAAUGAAGAAAGAUUUUUUUAAAAGUUUAAAGAAAAUAACUACUUUCCUUGAUAUGCAUGUGAAUGACAGUGAAAUUAAUAACAUUGCUUGGAAAACAUCCUUCAGUGAAAUGAAAAAUAAUACAGUCAAAGAAAGCCAUGAUCCAAAUCAUACCAUCUGUGCCCUCACAUCUGAGAGGAACCUAGUAUUUAGAAAAGGAGUGGUGGGUGAUUGGAUAAACUACUUUACUUCAAAGCAGAAGAGAGUAUUUGAUGAACUAUUCACAGAGAAAAUGAAACACAGUGAACUGGCAAGACGCUUGAAGGAGUACUCUUAGUACAAAUGGGAAAUGAAACCAAUUUCAUUUUAUGCAGUGCUGAGCUUGGGGAAUGUGUAAAUAUUUUUCACCAAUGUAGAAAGCCAAUAUUUCUUUCAGUGAGAAACAUAUACUUCAUGAAUGUGUCAAAAGUGUCCUGUGUGAGAGACUGUUAUUAUAUUCGGUGAUAGCAAGGAAUUAUUAGUAAAAGGAAGUAUAACAUUUUUGAAUGGCUGAAUUAUAUACCUAUUUCCAGGAUAUUCAGUAAGGCAAGGAAUUACUUCUAUUCAGAGAGAGCAUAUUACUGUGGUGUUCUACAAGCUGCAGUAAUGUACAACAAAAGAAGCGAGGGAUUAUCUAAAAUAACAGAUGUCUGAGAAGAAUUUAUUUUCUGCCUAUUUGGACAAUCAUGACCAACACUUUUAUUUCAACAUUCUCUGGUGUCUGUGUAGAAAUAUUCUCCAAUGUCAUAAUCAUGACAAACAUAAUCUUACUAAGGUGGAAUCUCCUAAUACUUGAGCAUAAUCAAAUGACCACGUUCCGAUAUAUUGGGAAAAGUAAAGAAUGAACAGAUAACACUUUCACAUUAAUAUUGGCUUAGUAUUUUAGUAUUUUCUUUAUCUUGAUUCAGUUAGUUUAAAAAAUUUCUUAUUUUCCAUUUUAAAAAGUAUAAUUUUCAUUGAAUGUUUAUGAUUCUUUGUAGUAUUUUGAAUAUUUAUGCUUUCAUUCUGAAUCAUUUUUAACAUCAAUUCAAUCUGUAUAAUUCUCUCUAUCCUAUAAUGAGUAUUAUUCUAUAGGUUUAUCCCAAAGGACAUUAUAAUGGAAUUUCAGUGAACUUAUUUUAAGAUUAUUUAUCACCUACGUGACAACAUAUAAAUUAUGUCAUGUUGUUUAUAUCUGUCAAAAUAUCUAACUCACAGCUUAAUGGCAAAUAAAAGUAUAUAUUGUAUAUGACAUUGAGCUUUGAACUCAAAGGAAUGGGUUGACUUAAUUUAACCAUCAUUUGAUUCUGUAUCUUAGUGUAUUAUAAACUUACAUAAAUCAUCAGUCACAAAUCUGUUGGAGUCUUUUGUGUCAAGUUUAUUUUGUAAGAAAUUAAAUCUUCAUAAACCUUGUGUAUACACAUUUGUUACAAAUAAAAUCUAUUUUCUUUUUA